AUGAGUCCUCACGUUCAAAAUGUAGCAAAAAUAUUAUUAUUUAAAGUUGAAGAAUGGGUUGACGGAACCGAUUAUUCAAUUAAAACGAAAAAUGUACUUAUUUUACUUCAAGAAGCUAAGAAAGAUAAUUCUGAAAAAGAUGAUAGUACUAUAGAAGUAAAGUAUUGA